AGUGUUCCCUUAUUCCAGCCCGGGGAGGGAUCCCCCACCCCCGUCGGACAGACACGGACCCUCCGAGAUGUCGCGUUGGCCGCGUCUGAUGAGAAAUGGAAACCUGGCUCAAAGACAUCCUUCCUGUUGUUGACAUCACCUGAGAACUCCACUGGAAAUAUUUCCACUAGUUUGCUGCAAACAUCAGCCUCCCCUGAGGUCUCAACACCUUUGAGCAGUGUACAGAGACGUGCUGUUGUCAUCACAUCUGGGAAAGACUGAAGCUGGCAUCUACGUAGUCCUUCUCCAGAGGUUGCCUUGCAAGACACAGCUACAAAAUGUUCAUCAGAAAAAACUGAACUGUAGAUCCUUAAGAGUCCAAUGGAUGGCAUAGCAAUAGCAUCACUGUCCAGGGAGCUGGAAUCCUUCCUCGCCUGCCUGCAUGCUGCUUGAACUGAUCCCAAGCCUUUGUUUUCGGACUGAAGAAACCUGAAAACCUUUCUCUCCUAAUUCAUGAGCCAGCAGGAUGUGGUCGCCGUGCUUUCAGAACGCCUGCUUGUAGCCGCCUACAAAGGCCAAGUGGAGAAUGUGGUGCAGCUUAUCAACAGGGGUGCCAAGGUAGCAGUUACCAAGCAUGGCCGGACGCCCCUGCAUCUUGCUGCCUACAAGGGUCAUCUCCAUGUUGUCCAGGUUUUGUUGAAAGCAGGUUGUGAUCUGGAUAUUCAGGAUGAUGGUGACCAGACAGCGUUACACCGGGCUGCUGUUGUAGGGAACACCGAUAUAAUAGCAACUCUGAUUCAAGAGGGCUGUGCUUUGGACAGACAAGACAAGGAUGGGAACACUGCUCUUCAUGAAGCUUGUUGGCAUGGAUUCAGUCAGUCUGCCAAAGUGCUUGUUAAAGCAGGAGCCAACGUUCUUGCCAAGAACAAGGCAGGUAACACACCUCUUCACCUGGCUUGCCAGAAUAGCCAUUCCCAGAGUACUCGUGUUUUGUUACUUGGAGGAUCUCGAGCAGACCUCAAAAAUAAUGCAGGAGAUACCUGUCUGCAUGUGGCUGCUCGUUAUAAUCACUUGCCCAUCAUUAGGGUGCUGCUCAGUGCUUUCUGUUCUGUCCAUGAAAAGAACCAGGCAGGGGAUACUGCACUCCAUGUAGCUGCUGCUCUAAAUCACAAGAAGGUGGUGAAGCUCUUGCUGGAGGCAGGGGCUGAUGCAUCUGUUGUCAACAAUGCAGGCCAGACCCCUCUAGAGGUUGCCAGACAGCACAAUAACCCCGAGGUUGCGCUCCUGCUCACUAAAGCGUCACAGGUCUCGCGUUUUAACCGUGGGAGAAGCCUGAGGAAGAAGAGAGAGAGACUGAAGGAGGAAAGGAGGGCUCAAUCGGUGCCACGGGAUGAAGUGGUACAGAGCAAGGGCAGUGUCUCAGCUGCUGAUGACACACCAAGCAGCGACCAGCCUCCAGAAAGGAAGACCAAUCUGAAGGAUAAACUCCGGUCAGCCUCACCAGAUCCCAAAGGGAAAAAGAGCAAAAAGAAAAAGCCAAAGGAAAAGGUUUCGGCACUCUCGGACCCCAUCUCCCCAGCUGAUCAGCAGACACUCCCUCAGCCCCAGAAGAAUGUGCCUAAGCGCAGAAGUAAACACCACUGCUCCUCUCCACCCCCUCCCCACGAAGUCCGAGCCUACCAGCUCUACACACUCUACCGAGGAAAGGAUGGGAAGGUGAUGCAGGCACCCAUAAAUGGAUGUCGUUGUGAGCCUCUGAUAAAUAAACUGGAGAAUCAGCUGGAGGCAACAGUGGAAGAGAUAAAAGCUGAGCUUGGGACAGUACAAGAUAAAAUGAAUAUUAAACUGGGCCAGAUGGAAAGCAAAACUCAACACCAACUCCGAGUUUUGGACAAGCUCAUGGCCGAGCGACUGUCAGCAGAGAGGACAGAGUGCCUUCACCGCCUGCAGCAGCACACGGAGCUGGAAAAGAGUGAGGGGGAGAAGCGGCAGAUUUCCUUGGUUGAUGAGCUGAAGACCUGGUGCUUGUUGAAGAUUCAGAAUCUGGAGCUCAAGCUUUCUGGAGAUUCCAGGUCAUCGAGACCAAAAUCAACUUUGUCCACUUGUGAGUCUCUUACUGAGACCCUGGAUACUGACAACAACCCCCACAGUGCCAAGGACUGUAAAGCCAACCAGCCUGUGCUCCAGUCAGAGGGCUCCCACCAGCAUUCCUAUAUCACACUUCCAAAUAACCUCUUGGAAGAUGGGGGAAGGAGCAGAGUCCAGAUGCCAGAACAAAGUUUUGGGCAACACUUUUGCGUUAAACAAGAUGGAGCAUUGGGUACAACCACGUCAGGUACAGAGCGACAGGUAGUGGCUGGUGGACCAGUUUCUCCCCCUGCUCAAGACGUCAGGCCAAAGGACAAAGCUGUGAGUACCAGCACGUUCCACAAGUUCCAGCAGGAGCUGCCCUCCUCUGAGCUUUCGGGCUCCAAAUUAAGACAUGUUAAAGUUCAAGCUGCUUUGCAGCCAGUGACUGAAGCUGCAAAAACUGAACCACAGAGCGGCUACUUCAUUGACAAAGGAACUCAGACAAAAAAGUCCAGCAAAAGUGGGCAGUCGAGGCACAAAGCUCUGCAUCACCCAGGGGCACAGCAGGGCCAGGAGCAGCAGCCCUCGGUCCCGCCUGCCGCUCCACACAGAGACACCUCCCAGGCCUUGGAGAUAACCCAGUACUUCUUCGAGGCUGUUUCCACGCAGAUGGAGAAGUGGUACGAGCGGAAGAUAGAAGAAGCCCGGAGCCAAGCGAACCAGAGAGCGCAGCAAGACAAAGCUGCGCUCAAGGAACACAUCAAAUGCUUAGAAGAGGAGCUGAGCAAAUUAAGGACUAAGGUGCAGAAAGAGAGCUAGCACCUGCCAGGCAGGUAAUCAAGCAUCAGGACUCAUUUUGGAACCUGCUGUAUGGGAAUUUGGAUAUUGAUAUAUAUUUGUAGUGCCUGUUACAUCCAAACACAACACACUACUUCAGGAAUAGAAAUAACUUCAGAAACUCUGUAAGUGAGGAGUUCAUAUGUUCAUAUGCAAACUACACUGAUAACAAAGAAAUGCUGCAGAUUAGACCCUUUCUUUGUUAUUUCCAAGAGUCUGUCAGUAUUGCACUCUCAAGUUUCCAGAUGCUGCUUGAAACCAAACUGCAUUAGUAACCAAAACUGCUUUCUGAAAAGGGAAAUCCCUUACUACCACACAGGACACAGACUAGAGGGUUCUACUGUAUGCCACAUGUAAACAUGCUGUGAUACUAUUACUGAAAUAAAUGCAGGAUGUUUGAUAGCUUUUGACAGAAUUAGUGAUGAAGGGCUGUUGAUCCUAUUUUAGAUACUCCCAGGGCCUCUCUCUAGUCAGUGGAGAGAAGCUAAAGAACCCACUCUAGUUACAAGCCCAGGCCAAGGUAGGUGACAGAUGCAGGCUUCCAGCUGGGAGAGGGCAGGCAACCAUGGAGGGAGAUGCUAAGGCCACUCAUCCCAUUAGGUACAGAGGCUUCAGCAACCACUUUGCUUUUCUCUUGGUUUUCUGUUAUUAAAACAAGUGCUAAAUCUGAUUUGUCUUUUAUUAAUGGUGUCCUGCUUGCAGAGCUCCUUGUGGUUACACUAUUGUUGGGGGUGUACUCCAGUAAUCUGAGAGCUUCUGUUUAGGGCAUGGAUGGCAAAUAUUUUACUGCAACUGUGGUCUAUUUGUUAGGUUGAAUGUUUAUAUAAAUCUUUUUUCCUUCAAGCAGGAAAUGGCUGAAUUGUCUACUACUGAAGAAGCUUAAAAAAGUCCUUUAUCUAAGGUAGUGAAAGCUUGGCUUCCUGUAUUCAAAUGUUUCUUUUUCUGUAGUCAGGAUUUUUUCCCAGGCACCUUGUCCAGACUGUCUACCUUUGCUCCUCUGAAUGAUUCCUCCUCUGGUUCUUUCCCUUCUGUCCCUAAAAAGGAGACCAGGCCCUGAUGAGUCUACAGGUUUCAGGACAAGCAGUCCUUCAAAACAGCACUCAACAUUUUAAAAGUUUUAUCAAUAUGUUCUGCUAUAAAAUUUGGAACAUUCAUUGACCAUAGUUGUCCAUGUUGACAGACUCCAGAUAAUCUCAAGGCACUGUAACUAUUGCAUCUGCACCCCUUUAGGGUUUUCUCCUUAUACCUCUGAGAAGGCCCCACCAGAUUCUGCUAGAAAAGUAAGUUUACUUACCAGAUCAUGCUAGAACAACUGUUCAAAAUCAGUUCCAACACAGGAUGGUACUGUUAUGCCAAGGAGAAAAAUACUUUUUUUCUGUACUAAGGAGUUCUAAAAUCAGUACAAAAUACAGUGUUGAAGAAUGCCAUUCACUAAUUAGUAAUUAAGCUUUUGUCUUCUUAGCAGAUGUAUAAAGCAAAAAAAGUCCUAUUAUAUAACAGUAUUUCUAAAGUUCCUAUUAAUGCACUAUCACAAGAGAAGUGUAUCUGCAGCUAUGGAAAUACUAGUUUUCUUGCUCUGACUUCUGUAGUCUAAUAUAGACACUUUGGUAUGUUUACAGUUUUGUUUAAGCUACAGUAGGAAUGCAGAAGCAUGCUGUUGAAGUUUUGUAUCACCUGG